UUACAAAGUCAGUGUCCGAAGUUGCAGGUACGACCAGGAAACAGUGGAGGAACGGUUUCUCUUGGUAGAGACCUUGAGGAGUCGCUGAGCGCCAUGGGAAGGAUGGCGAAACAACUUUUGGAUCAGCAGAAGGAAGCCGAAGAUGCUAAGCGAGAGGAGGAAGCCCGUAAAGCAAAGGAAUUUUGCCGAGAAAGCGGCAAAAGGAGAAGAGGCGAGGUUCUUGAUGCAAAAGAAACUGGCGAAGGAGGAGAAGGAGAAGAAACGGGACUGGGAGAUCCGCAAGCUGUUGGUCGAGCAAGCAGCGGAGUAUGAUAAGAAACUGGAAAAGUUGGUGGGACUAACUAAGAAGAUGAAAGGAGUCUCGAUCAAGGGAAAGAAGAAAGCGAAGGCGGGAGCUACACCGUCUUCAACUUCUGAAGAAUCCGAAGAGGAGGAGGAGGAUUUGACCACCCCGUUGAAGGACAAAAGAAAAAGGAGAGACUCUACAGGUGCUGCCGAGAGUAGUCCGCCAGUGGAGACUCCGAAGAAGCUCGGGAAGAAGGAAGGUGUCGAGACCCCAGCAAGCCAAAGGAAGAAAGGAAGAGGAAGACCUUCUAAACUUGAGGCACAGAUGGCAAUAUUGGCGAAGGGAGAAGAUCCGUGGGAGGGAGUCCCCACGGGAGAAAAGUAUGCAACCGAAGCCGCGUUCCGCAAAGCAGUAAGGAAGACGAUUGCUUCGUUCUAUCCGGAAACCUUGAAAGUGAUGUGCAAGGGAGCUGGCCUGCCGUUUUAUGGGGUCAAUGAUGCAAUCGAUACCCUAUCAGAGCUACGUAUUACGUACUGCUACCGCAACAAGAAGUCUGCUGGCUCUACAUCAGCCAAGUCAGCCGAAGAGGAACAGAUAGGGGACGAACUCGCUGACCCGGAGAACGAGCUUGAAAAGUAAGUAUGAAAGUUGGUGUACUCUAUUGAAGUUUUUGGAAGCUCGAAGAUGGUGCAAACUUAA